GACAAUUUAUGAAUCAAGCAAAACUGAGACAGUUUGAGAAUUUUAAUUUUGAAAAUAACGUAGUUUGGAAGGAUUUUAUUAAAGAAUUAGAUCCAAAAAUGUAUUAGAAACUUCUUAUAAUUAGACCUAAAGAAAGAUUUGAAAAACUAAAGAAAAUUUGGUAUAAGGAUAAUAUUGAUCCAGACUUUGAUUCUGAGUUUAUAAAUAAUCCAAACUAGUAAGCUUCAUAUGCAAAUCAUACUAAUUAAUAAAAAGGAGGGGCUUUUAACCUUGGAUAGUAAAGUAAAUAUUGAUUUCAUAUUAGCUCUUGUUUAGAAAAUUCUUUUUGGAUUAGAGAAUUUUUUAAAAUUAGCAUUUAUUGUUACUUCUUUCAUUACUAUAGUCCCAAAUACUUAAUUUGCAGUUGCUGCCUGUAUUUUAGGUUUGUAUAGAUAAUGCAAAUUUCCAACAAGGACAAGAGAAUAUGGUGAGAAGGUACUAAAAAAUGAAUUUACAUAAAAUCUAUUCUUUUUGAUUGGAUACUUAUUCGUUUACUCCUUCAAAGCUGUUUUUAAUGUUCCAAUAAUCUUACAUUUUAUUCUUGGAUUAGCAUCCUAUGUUUUAUUAUUGCAAGGAACAAUAUAUUAAUGUAUAAAUAUUUGAUUUCUUUUAGAUUUUAAGAAUUAAGUUGAUAAAAUAUAUUCAAUGUAAAAAGAAAUCUAUAAAAUUAAAUACAGAAUAGAAAUAGCAAUAGUUCCAGCUACUUUGAUAUUCUUACUUAUUGGACGAUCAUCUCUGUUCACCUUUGUUUUCUAUGCAAAUUUUAUUAGAAUCAAAUAUAUAUUACUUGAUAGUUUUAAAGAAGAAUGUAAAUAUGUUAAUUAAAGAUUUUUGGAACCAUAUAAACAUAACCCUAUAUUAGGAUUUGUUAUAUCCAAGAUCUAAUAAGUGUGUUCAUAUUUGAUAAGAUCUAAGUGAGUAUUC